CCUGUAUGUGUGUGUGCAAACAGACUGAACAGUUUAACUGCACAGUUUUCACUGAACAGUUCAAACUGUCAGUUGAAACUGUACGUGAGUGGCCGACUUAAUUCUCAUUCCAAAAAUGUAUAAUACUUGAUAUUGGCAAAUCGAAGUUAUUAAAAAAAAAUCAGAUUUUUCCAGGUAGGCCUCGAAAUUAUCAGAAAGUCAUUUGUUUUGCAUACAACAUUUAUCCCAAAAUCACUUUUAUUACUUCUUGACUUUAUUUAAGUUGGGAUUUCAAAAUAAAUUGCAUGUUGACAUUUUUACUUAUUCUCCUCUACAAGAUGGCAUAGUCAAAUUUUCAUUUAGAUAUUUCUUCUUCCACUUUCCAUACCUAACUUUGUUUUUUCUUUGCAUACGGAUGUUAUAUUGGAAUUUUGUACAUUUGAAUGGACUUUUAAGUCCUAAAUUUGGUGCUGCAUUUCCUUAGUUAGCCAUUCAUUUGCUGUAGGAUGAACAUUAUAAGGAAAGGAAAGGAAGGAAAAGAUUUUGUGAAAUACAAAACGGAAAUUUUAUUGAUGGUAAUAUAAAUAAUAAUCAUGAAUGAGCAGAGGUAAAUACUACCUGAUGUUCAAAAUGUUGUCCUUUCUACUCCUAGUACUCCUAGGCAAAGCCUGACUCUUCUCUGUACAUUGUUCACUGCUUGAUUUAUUUCUCUUCUUCCCAGUCUUCCAAUGCUAUAUACAAAUAUCAUGUCCAUAAGAAAAAAUAAAGUUUAUGCUGAAAGACGAGGUACGAAAACUCAUUGAAAUUCUAAUUACGCCACCUCGUAGAGGAGAAAAAGUGGCAAUAGUAAUAUAUAAUUUAUUUUGGAAUCCGAUUGCAAAUAAAGUCAGGAAAAAUUGAAAUGUUUUUCAGCCUGACAAUGAAAGACUGCGAUUUUGAGUUAGAAAAUGAUUCCAGUUUUUUACUGAUCACCUUCGACUACAACACAUUUGGUUCAAAGUUUCUCCAACGUUAGAAUUCCUUCUUGGAAGAAAUUUCUUCAAAUCUGGGAACAGAUGGAAGUCUGAGGGUGCCAAAUCAAGAGGAUUAAUGACGAGAAAAUUAUUCCUCAAAUCUCACAGUUCUUGCUUUCUCAACAGAACCUUGUGAGCAGGUGCAUUGACCUAAUGAAAAGUGAUAUUUUUCUUCUCCUUGCUAUAGUUUUCUUCUCACGAAUUUUGGCAUAUAGUUGAUCAAGGAGGUUUGAAUAGUAUGUGGCCAUAAUUGGUCUACACUUUUCAAUGAGAUUAAUCAGCUGACAGAAUCCCUUUUGUGUCCUGAAAUACACCUUUUCUUCGGAUGCAAUCCACCUCUCUUCUUUGUCGCCAAACCAGGGGCUUCCAUCCACUGCUUUGACUGCUGUCUUCAUUCUAAUGUUGAUAACCAAUAGCCGCAUAAAAUCGGUCGCAUUCCUAUUAAUAAGAAUACGUUUAUUUCAUUGCUAAAUAGCCACAGACUCGAAGAUUAAAAGGAAAUGGUCGCACAAGACCACAUACGCUUAAAAAAACAAUAAAAUCCAGAUUAAAAAACAACUUUACAUGCAGAGAAACUGAUUUUUGAAACUGCCUAAUGUUGGUGCUUUUUAAAGAAAGAAUUAUUGAACAUUUUAUAACAAAUGUAGUUCAUUCUGAUAUGGACGGUGGGUACCAGCAAACCUUUAGAUCGAGUUUGACAAUCGUGUUCUUUGUUAUUGAAGAGGUUCAAUUUGUUUCUAUACAUACUGAGUUGAUCCAAAUAUUCCUGUGAAAGUUGUUUGUGUAUCCACCACACAGCAAAUGGAGAGUCGUCUGCGUGUUUUUUCGCGCGUGGGUAUAUAUGCAUCUAUGUAUAGUUCUUUUCACGGUUUUUGGUGGCUACAUCAUUAAAGCCACACGAAAUAAGUAAGCAAAUAGACUAUUUGCUCAGUGGGCAAACCAAUCGCAGCUUCUCUUGGUCACAUGGAUUGGUUAAUAAAGGACCAUUGCUUUCAUUCACUUUCUCAAAGUACUCUAGUAAUUUUGGAAAACAACUAUCGAUAUUGUCCGUUACUUACGCAUAUGUAAUGUCAAGUGCGUUGUCACGCUGACAGUGACAAGCAUAGAUAUACUCAUAUGUUAACUAAAAAAUCCUCGAGGUGGCGAGGAGAACUGAUGUCUGAGCUUACACAAACCAACGUCCGCCUACAGAGGCAUACUGCAAAUGUAUGUGUGAGGGAGAUGAAUGUAUAAAAGUGAUGCCGAUAGUGUGACUCGCCAAAAACCGUGAAGUGAACUACAUGUAUGUAUCCAAAAAAUUCUAUUUCACAGGCGCAUGCCAAACGGCUUGAUGGAUUUUCACAUAUGAGGUCAUAUCCGUUUUACAUUGACAAUAAAUCCACGGAUUUCUCCAUGAAUUGUGUCAAAUAGGAAUUUGACGUCAAAUAAAUCAACGAAGUUCUUCGUGGAUUUCUUCACGAAAUUAGAACUUGUUCUAAUUUUUGCCAAGUUGGACGUCAAAUUCCAUGGUGCCGACUUUGUUUUCCUUUCUAUUAUAUUGAACAACUUUUCAAUUCAAGUAUAGAACCACAAUACAAGUCUAAAAUGUUUCUAGUAAGAAUGUGUUGCGUAGUUGGCAGCACUGAGCACUGACAGAUAAUCCAUGAAUUUUUCCAUUAAUGUAUGAGGUCUAUAAAUAUGAUGAGACUGGCUAGUUGGCUACCUAGCAUUCGAUCUGGUAAUACUGGAAGCGGCGGGCUUGGAGAGGAGACAGGGAAGACAUGUGAUCCGCGUUAUAUACAAGCUUGAGCUCGCUCUAGUCAUUUGGCUGUCCUGAGCGUUUUUUUUUGUGAAACAGCUUUUUCUAUUACGUUCUAAAAUCGAGUGACAUCAGUUUCAAGCAACAGUGUGCUAUCAGGUUUUGCUUCAGACUUGGCCAGAGUGCAACCGAAGUUCUUGCUAAACAGGCCUUCAUAGAUAGUAAGAUGAACCACGAAGGCCUUCAUCUUCAAGAACCGAUGAAAAUAUCGACAGAAUCCGGGAUCUUGUGCGUAGAGAUCGUCGGUUGACAGUCAGAAUGAUCGGGGAAGAGUUAAAUGUGACACACCACCGUUCGUCAGGUCAAGGACUACUGGGUGUUGCAACCCGUUAAUGCUCCUUGUCACACAGCAAUUUCAAUAAACGACUUUCUGAUCAGUAAAAACAUUCCUGUGACUACUCAGUCUCCUUAUUCGCCUGACUUGGAUCGUUAUGACUAUUUUCUUUCCCCGAACUUGAUAAGUCACGACAAGAGAACUCAUUUUGGGACAGUGGAAAACAUUCGAACGGCUGUAACCGUCCAGCUGAAGGGUAUUCCAGUAUCGGAGUUACAGCACUCGCUAUGAGGAGUCGAAGAGCCGUCUCCAGCGCUGUGUGACUUCAGAAAGAAUUAAAUUAGAGGUUAACACAUCCAAUAUGACGAAUUUGAUGACAGCACGAUGUUUAAGUUUGCCUUGAUGAAUUCCAUACAAGACGUUCACAAACUCGUAGACAAAAUACUUGAAAGAAUAAAUUGAAACUUGUCAUAUAAACAAAUGGUAUGUUCACCAAUGCAGGAAUUACAAAUUUGAUUGGAGCACCAUGUCUGUGUCAAGUCGAGAAUUUUCCACCUCAUCCUAGUAUUGCGCCUCAACAUUUUUUAAGCUUCUUCUUCUACAAGCAAACAAAAUUCGUUAUACUCUCAUUUUCAAGUUGGUUUCUAGAAAUCGUCAUACUAUAUUUGCCUUUUGGAACUGGUCGGGGGAUUGGUAUAUUAGAUUUUCAUUCUGACUACAGUUCUUUUUGUCAAGGAAGUUGCCAAGAGAAAGAUGCUGCAUAAAUUUUUGCACCACUGGAGUAGUUCUCAAACAAAUGGAAAGCGACCCUGCGUUGGGUGGUGUUUCACAUAUAAUUUUGGAUGAAAUACACGAAAGAAAUGUUGCCUCAGAUUUUCUCAUCACACUGCUGAAGGAAGUAAUUAAGAAAAGAGUUGAUCUAAAGGUGAUAUUGAUGAGUGCUACAUUAAACUCGGAGGCGUUUUCAGCAUAUUACAAUACUUGUCCUCACAUAAACAUACCCGGAUUUACUUUCCCAGUGACUGAGUACUUUUUGGAAGAUGUGUUGCAACAAACAAAGUUUACAUUUCCUGAGCAAGGUCCACAUCGUCCAGGUAUGAAAAAAUGGAUGAUGUACAAAGACAAGUCUAAAGCUGAGAAUAGAGCUAAAGAAAAGGAGUUUGAGGAUUAUAUUGUUCCUUAUGCCAGACGUCUCCUGAAAGAAAGAAAAUAUGAUAUACACGUCUGUAAACAAUUGACCAAUAUUAUAUCAGAAGAUAUAAAUUUAGAGUUAGUUUUGGAGCUGGUUAAGUACAUUUGUAGACAUGAUGACGAGUUCAGUUCGAUUUUGGUAUUCAUGCCUGGAUACGCUCAAAUAUCAGAUCUCAACAAAAUGCUGCAAGCAUCUGGCAAAUUUCCACAUUCCAGGUUUAUAAUAAUACCACUUCACUCACAGAUGCCCACUGUAGAUCAGAGACAAAUAUUUAGUCCAGCACCAACUGGUGUCAGGAAAGUUAUUAUAUCAACAAAUAUUGCCGAGACAUCUAUUACUAUAGAUGAUGUAGUAUUUGUCAUAGAUACUGGUAAAAUAAAAAUGAAUGAUUUCAACGUAGAAACAAACACGGAAACACUGGAUAUCCAGUGGGUCAGCAAAGCUAAUGCUGAUCAAAGAAAAGGUAGAGCAGGGAGAGUAAAACCAGGUGUUUGUUAUCAUUUGUACAGCAGAGCUCGGCAUCAAAUCAUAGAGAAGUUCCAAAAGCCAGAGAUAUUAAGGAUGAGAUUGGAGGGGACUAUUUUGCAGACAAAAAUAUUGCAACUAGGUAAAGUAGAAGAAUUCUUUUCAAAAUUAAUGGACCCUCCAGAUGCUGAAACAGUAACCCUCUCACUAAAUCUUCUAAAGCGCCUCAACGCUCUCGAUGAUCGUGAGGAUCUCAUGCCUUUAGGCUACCAUAUUGCCAGGCUGCCAAUUGCUCCUCAAAUGGGUAAAAUGAUUCUGUUUGGAGCGAUAUUCAGCUGUUUGGACCCUGUUUUAUCUGUAGCUGCCUCACUAGAUUAUAAAGACGCGUUUCAGAUUCCUUUAGGGAAAGAGAAGUUGGCUGAUAUUAAGAGGGUUGAGUUGGGAGACGGGUUGUUGAGUGAUCAUCUUCUUCUACACAAGGCAUUAGAAAGGUUUGAGAACUCGGAUAGUCAAAGACAAUUCUGUUGGGAAUUCUUCCUAAGUUCUCACACACUCCAUCAGCUUCAAGACAUGAAGAAGCAAUUUAUGCAGUAUUUAUUAGAGUUGGAGUUUGUUAGGAACUUGAAUCCCAAAGCGGCAGAGAACAACAGAAAUUCAGAUAAUAUGAGUCUAGUCAAAGCUAUAGUUUGUGCGGGAUUAUAUCCCAACGUGGCAAUUGCAUGUAAAAACAAGCACGGUCGCCUGAAAUGCCUCAAAUCAAUGGACUACAAAUACAGAUACAAUUUCCACAAGAAAUCUGUACUUGCCUCAGAACCUUUCUUCGAAUCUCCCCUUAUAGUCUACUACACCAAAGUCAAAUCAAAAGCAGACUAUAUCUACGAUGCUACGAUGGUCACACCGUUGCCGAUCAUAUUCUUUGGCGAUCAGUAUGAGCAUAAGAACGAACGUGGAACUAGCAUAAUCAGUAUUUGCAAUUCGUUGACGUUCAAAGCUGCCAAUGAUACGGCUGAAAUCAUUAGAGAAUUGAGGAAUAGGAUGAACUGGUUUUUGGAGUAUAAGGUUACGCAUCCUGGGUUUGUGGAUUGGACUAAGGAGACUGGAGAAAUCAAGGUGCUAAGAGCCAUCAAACAGUUGAUAACCAGUGAAGAUGUCGGUUACGAUAUUGAGGAAUAUGAAGAUGACGAUGAAGAAGAGAGUUUCGAUGAUUAGAUUGUUAAAACUCUAUAAUUUGUAAGUUUGUUGAUUUUAGCCAUUUGAAAUUAUUCCUCAAUGUAGUAUUAUAAUACACUGAGACAUCAUUAACUUUUUUGAUAGGUACCUUUUUAUUUUGAAUAAAGAAGUCAUUGUUUUGUUAACGUUCCUGUUGUCUAAUUUAAGUUCUGAAUAAAAACAAGUUUCUAUAA